AGUACAUGGCUGGUAUGUCAUAACUGUUUUUCCGAGGAAAAAAAAUCGAAUUAGAAGCACAGCAAUGAAAUGAAUUAUUUUAGAUAAAAAUAAACAAGUGAUAAUAAGUUUUUAUUUAAAUUAUUAAAAAUUUUAAAAUGGGAAACGUGAAAGAAUUACAUUUGGGUAAGUGCUUAGAUGACCUGGUUGAAUAUUAUCAAAUACCUGACCUCAAAGGAAGGAAAAUCAAAAUGUUACUUUCUGCAGCUAACAAAUUAUUUGAAGCUGCAGAUAAUUAUAGGCGGGAAGGUGACGAAGAACUAAGUUAUGUUACAUAUAUGAAAUAUUUCAACGUAUUAACCGCAAUACAAAAGUCUCCAGAGUACGCUCAGGAAAAGAAAUUCAUUAAUCAAAUGUUAGGUGGGGGUCGAUAUAAAGCCGCUUUGGACAUUUUAGAAAAUCUGUCGGAUUCAUUGCAGAAACGGUAUUCUGAGAAAAUGUCUAUUGAAAAGUUACCUAAAGAGGUUCUAGUUAAUGGAAGUAGCACAGAAAAUAUUGAUUUGAAUGAUGUGGAAAAAUCUAAGGAAGUUUAUAAUCAAAAUUACAACAUUUCAUGUUUUGAUUUAUAUAAAAUGAUGAAGGAUCCCGCGGAAAGUAUGUUGAUAAUGGAUUGUAGAUCAAGAAAUGAUUUCAAAAACUCAAAAUUGCUCUAUUCGCAAUGUCUGAAUGUGCCUGAAGAAAUUCUUUUAAGAGGUAUGUCAGCGGGGAAAAUUCAGCAACACAUUGAUGACAAAUCGCAAUGGGCCUCACGAUUUAUAAAAAAUCACGUUAUUUUAAUGGAUUGGGAUUCUAAGGGCACAAAUAUUACUCUUCACAGUCCUAUUUACAAUUUAAAAGAAAUCUUGCAGCGGUGGGAUCCAGAUGUUACUUACCGUUCUCCUAUCAAAAUUCUUGAUGGUGGUUAUGAGCAAUUUAUAUUAACGUAUCCAAGUUUUUGCACAAAUCCCCGUGUAAAAAAUCCAAAAGCAUCAGAAAAGCCAAUAGAAAACUUUGAUGAAAUUGAAUAUCCUUCAAUAAAUGAUAUUCAAAUGAAAGAUGAAAUUAUUUUUGCUGAACCCCAACCUUUAAAUAACUCACGUAUUAUACAACGUCCAGUGGUUGAUCGUUCAAGCAAAAUGGCUGCAAUUAAGACUUACGAUAAAAAAAAUACUUUGGACGUAUUGGCUGAAAGGGAAGCAAUUAUAGAUAAAGCUUUAGAAAAUGAUGAUAAGUUAGUUAAAGCUGAAGUCGAGCUAAAAAAAAUUACUUCAAUUGCUAGUCAAGCGGAGGAUAAUGAUGAAAAAGAUAAAUUUAAUGAUGUUAAACAGACUCUUUUGUAUAAAAUAUGGCAACUUGAAAAUAAUCAAAGAGAUUAUAAAAUGGAAAACGAACGCUUAAGAGAAGAAUUGGAAAGCAUGCAGAAAAGAGAAAUUGAGCUUGGCAAUAAAAUAAUGGAAAAGGAGCAAGAAAGUGAAGCUAUAAAAGAAGCCCAUAAAAGAAUAGAAGAAAAAAUGCAACAGCAAAAAACUCUAGACGUACAGAGAGAACGCGAAAAAGAAGAACGGGAGGCUCAAUUAGAAAUAGCAAGAGAACAGAAGAGACACUUAAAGCCUCCAAUAGAUGAAGGAAUUUCAAAACCCAAAAUUCCACAAUUCGAUCGAUCAGUAAAACCUAUUGAAACUGAGAGAAGGGUCUCAAGAGAUUUUUCACCAGUUCCUGGUUCAAUGGGUCGAGGUUUAACUGGUUUGAAAAACCUUGGUAAUACCUGCUACAUGAACAGCAUUUUACAAUGCUUAAGCAACACAAAUUUACUUACUGAUUAUUUCAUAACCAAUGCUUACAAGCAACAUAUUAAUCGUUCAAAUAAAACAAAAGGUAAAAUUGUUGAAGAGGUUGCAGCUUUAUUACAAAUUUUAUGGAAGGGCAAUUAUAAAUGUGUUGCUAGUAAAGACUUAAGACAUAUUGUUGGUCAGUAUCAACAAAUAUUUCGUGGUAUUGAACAACAGGAUUCUCAUGAAUUUUUAACAAUUUUAAUGGAUUGGUUACAUUUAGAUUUGCAAACUCUUCAUGUUGAUUCACCAAGAGAGGGUUUAAGGCCUGCUGAAAAAGCAUGGCUUGAUUUUACAAAAAGUAGUGAAAGUUACAUAUUACAAUUGUUUUAUGGUCAAAUUAAGAGCACAGUAAAAUGUGUUGAAUGCAAUAAAGAGAGUGCUACUUAUGAAUGUUUUUCAAAUUUAAGUUUAGAAUUACCGCCUACAACAAACCGAUGUCAAAUAAAUCAAUGCCUUAAUAUGUAUUUUAAUGGUGAACAUAUAUUAGGUUGGAAUUGUCCAGGUUGUAAACAGAAACGUGAUGCUAUUAAAAAAUUAUCAAUAUCGAAAUUACCACCAGUUUUAGUUAUUCAUUUGAAACGGUUCUACGCUGAUACCGAUUUAAAUGGUAAUACAUAUAAAAAGAAACAGAAUUAUGUUAGUUUUCCAUUAGAAAAUUUAGAUAUGACACCACAUUUAGCACGUUCUGAAUUAGUUUCAUCUUAUUCAAAAUUGUAUAAUUUAUAUGGUGUUUCAAAUCAUUAUGGAUCAAUGGAAAGUGGUCAUUAUACUGCAUUUUGUAAAAGCAGCGUUUUUAAUAAAUGGUUUAAAUUUGAUGACCAAGUUGUUUCACAAUUGGAUUCAUCAGAUGUAGUAUCUAGUGCGGCUUACAUUUUAUUUUACACAAAUUUUUCAUUGACACCACCUUCAGAAUCCAUAUAGGUGACAAAAUUUUGAAAAAAAAAACAAUUUUGUUUGAGCUCUAAAAUUAAGCUCAUAGAAGCAGACGUAUAAUUUAGCUUUAAUAUCAAAAACUUUAAUUAAAAUUGUUAAAAAAAAAUAUUUUUACUAUUUGUGCAUUCCUAUUUUUUUUUGUUUUUGUUUUGAUUUAAUUGAAAUUUUUUAUUAUUGCUUUUGCAAUAAAAAAGGAAUUAUACACAUUACAUUUUCCGUAUUUACAAAAUUUUAAUUCGAAUUAUUCGUUUGAAACGGUGAAUUUUACUAAACAUAUUUAUAACAAGAUAAGUGUCGUUUAAUAAUUUAUUGUUAUUAAAAAUCAGCUUAGUCAAAUACAUAAAAUUUUAGAUUUUUUAAAUAAUUUUUAUGCUUUUAAUGGAAAUGUAACUGAAAUAUACAUUAAAGCCCUAGAACAUUUACAAACUGUGGAGUUUUUAAGAUUUAUAUUUACUCAUGUAGAUAUAAAUAAACACUUGUAUACAAUAACUAUUUAUACAUACAACUCAUAUUUUGAGGAUUCACAGCUAAUAGUUUAAAAAAAGAGUUGCAAUUUUGAAUUCAGGAAUAUAUUUUUUUUUUAAUUUUUGUAAUUUUUUUUAGGGAUACAUGUUUUAUGAAUUUAUAUGUUUGUACCUAUCUUACUCAUACACAUAUUCCUUAUAGAAAUAUAAAAAUAAUAUUAAAAACUGACUUACGUGCAUUAUAAGUAUAAAUAUUUUUAGUUGGAAAAAU